UCGCGUUCCUGCUGCCCGGAGGGAGCCCCGGGGCUGGACGGCAGCGACAGGAAGCGGCGGAGCACCGAGUCCAGCCACGGUGCCCUGGAGAGGUCAUCCACUGAUGUAUGGAGGAUGUAUUUUCUAAUACGAAGCCCAUUUUAAUUCUCCGAAGACUCUGCCACACCGGGAAUUGUAUGCCAAUUUCCGUCUUAGCAGGGUCGCUGUAAAUGAUGAACUUUAUGAUUUAAGUGCACAGCAAAUCAGAUGGAUUUCUUCUGCGUUAAAGCAUGCUUUCAUGUGAAACAAAAUGCAAUGUACUCUCUGGAGAAAAAGUGGAAGAAGCUGAACAACCCAGUGAUAUAGAAGAAGGAGGAUUAGAUCUCACUGUGUCACUCAAACCUGUCAGUUUCUACAUUGGGGACAAAAAAGAAAUGCUUCAACAGUGUUUCUGUGUCAUAGGGGAGAAGAAACUACAGAGGAUGCUGCCUGAUACUUUAAAGAACUGUUCCAUGGAUGAAAUCAAAAGACUUUGCAUGGAGCAGUUGGAGCUGUUAUCUGAAAAAAAACUGUUGAAGAUACUUGAAGGCAAGAUUGGAGCUGAUUCUGAUACUGACGAGGAGGCAGAUGGAGGAGACAAGACUGGAGGUGAUUCAGUCAGUCAACAGGACAACAGUAUAGACUCAACUUCUUCUCUGAGAGAAGACAACAAGCUGGAAGGUCAGGAAUCAAAACAAGGCAAGGGAGAAGAUAGUGAUGUCCUCAGCAUAAAUGCAGAUGCAUAUGAUAGUGACAUAGAAGGCCCAUGCAAUGAAGAGGAUGGCCCAGAUGUGCAAGAGAGCACUGUCAGAAGUGGAGCUGGUCAGAUAGAUGACCUUCAGAAGGACAUUGAGAAGAGUGUGAAUGAGAUACUGGGCUUGGCAGAGUCCAGCCCAAAGGAGCACAAAGCAGCAACCUUAGCUGUUCCUCCAUCAGAAGAUGUUCAGCCAUCAGCACAACAGCUGGAGCUUCUGGAGCUCGAGAUGAGGGCCAGAGCUAUUAAGGCUCUGAUGAAAGCUGGUGAUGUCAAAAAACAGCCCUAAGACCAUUCAGAUUUCAUUUUCAGUAUUUGUUUCGAAAAAGGUGGUGUCUGUUCUCUUCAGCGCUGCAGUAUGUUUGGGCUGGAUAUGACAUUCCUCAUUCAGACUGUGUUGUGUUUCCUGACCUAUGGUUCUGUGGUUUUGUUGCCUUUAGUGUGCUGCUUCCAUGACAUGCACAAACAGAGGUUGGUUCUUCCCUGAGAUGAGGUGUCCUUGUGCUGGUUCACCUCCUCAAAGAGUCACACCAUGUAUAGAGUUGUGCCAGGAACCUGGUGCCUCCCAGAAGGGUUGUUGUAGAAACUUACAACUUAGGGUUGCUUAAUUCUUCUUGGGGCCCAUCUCAUCAUAAUGUAGGUAUUCUAAUUAAAAUGUGAUGAUAUGUUUAAAAGCAUACUCAGUUUUUUGGAAUGGGAAUUCCUAAAGGGAAGGUUUUUUACCUUUCAAAUACACAGCUGAACGUGUUAUUUUCAGAGUUAUGAAAGUGCCUGAAAGAGCAGAGUUUUUUACACUAUCACAUAGUUUUGUCACUCUUUUCCACUCUUAUCUUUUGUAUUAUAACUGAAGAAAGCAGAGUUUCUUCCUAACUGUAAAGCUUUUCUUUUGAAUAUUUGACAUAAUUAGCAAAUAAACAUUUCAGAAGACCUUGAGCUUUUAACAUUCAACUGAUGUAGUCCUACUUUCAUGUCCCCUGAAAGUACGAAAAUCCACCUAAUGUCAGUAUGUUUUUUUAGAAAAGGCAUUUAAUUUAUUUAUGAGGUUUUAAAAUACAAAUUCUAUUUUUAUCCACUUCAAGGUAUUCCUUUGUAAGUAAAUUGAAUUUUAGGAUUAAUUUUCAUGCUAUAGUAUCUUACAACAAUUAAAAUUAUUUUAAUUUUUUAGAAUUAGUGCUGGUUUUAUAUCUGGCUGCUAAUCAAAGCAUAUUAAAAUACUUAUGUGUUUGUUUACACAUGCAGACACCAAUUUUUUUCUUUAAAGGUACGAAGUUUACAACUGUAGUCUUCAUUAAGUAAAAUGAUGUGUAAUGUAUUUUAUUCAUGAAUUUUCCUUGGUUGUUACUUAGCCAAUUACAUACUUUGCAACAGUAGGAGAGAUAAUUUCCCUAUGCUAUUUUGUAAUACUACUGCAAACUUUAUUCUGUUCAGAUACUAUGUUUUGAAUUCUUUUAAGGUUUAUAAUUUUCUUUUUAUUCUUCCAUUUUAUCCCUUUUCUUCCUUCUCUUUAUUCCCUUUCUUAUUUCCUGUUUCCUUUUAAACCCUUUUCUGUAGCAAGAUUCUUGUCUAUUUCUUAAGUAUGAUUGAUUUCCUCUAGAAUCAACAGUAUUGUAAAAUGUUAGUGCAGUGUAAAUUUGAUAAUAAACUAAAACCUUCAUUAAAUACAGCUGAGAAAAUUACAGUGUGCAUUCAUUAAGUGAUAUCAGUGGCCUGGGUAAAGUGUACCUGAUAGUAGUGUUAUCCACAGCAUCAACAUUUUUUCUAUUAUUUUAGCAAAUGUAGGGUGUAAGUGGUGUAAGUUAGAAUAUAUACACACAAUUCAAAAGGUAACAUUACUGUCUCCAAAUCUGUGUGUGUUGUCUUUAGUUAAUUUCAUUUAGCUGUUUGGUGAGCUUGUGUUCUGUUUGAGUCCAGAGAAACGAAAGAAGUAAACAGAGAAAGACACCUGGCAAAACCUGGAUGUGCAAUCUUCUCUUUUCCAAAGUCAUAGGCUGGUGGAGCUGUGUUAGACUUCAAAGAUACAUUUUAGUGCUGCUACACUUAGAUCCUUAAGGCACUAAAUACCUCACCUUGCCUGCUGUGCAAGUGCAAAAGCUCACUUGCAAGGGCGUUUCCUGUGUCACCAGAAGAAGCCACACGAUGAAGUCCAUUCAGUGAUGUUGCAAAACAACACAUUUGUAGUUGUUUGGUAAAACAAAAAUACUGCUGGAAGAAAUGAUAAACUAGAAUGUAGUUACCUUCUACUGCCUACUUUCUGGAGGUGUGUAGCACUUAUUUUCCUACUGGUUUCCCAGGUCACCCUUAAAAGUGCAUUUUGUAGCAUGUUGAACUGUUAAAGGUUAUUAUUUCAAGGUCUGUAUCAAGAAGUUGCAAAUGCUAACUCUAGCAUGUAGUGUGACAGAGAUGAAACAGGUUUACUAUGCAUGUGACAGAGAAGAUUUGUAAUUACAGCCUAAUUAAAUUUGAAAUUAAAAGAUGAGAAGGAUUCCAAGAAAAUUCAAUUAAGCUGUUUACAAAAAUAAAAUAAAAAAAAUUAUAUGAGGUACUUAAUGUGAUUGAUUACACCAGUGCUAAUUCAUUUUUAGGAUAUUGUACUGUUGCUGCUUAGGUUAAAAGCAGAUCAGGUAACUUACGUGUGUUCUUGCAUUGAUUUUUAUCACUGAAGAGAUAAAAAAAUCCACUAUAUUUAAAAUAUUUAUUAUACAGCUGUUUUGUUUUCCACUUUUAAAUAUGUCUGUGAUUUUUCCUUGAAAAAUAAAUUUAUUAUUUCAUUUGGAAGAAGAGGCAAUUUGUAUGUAAAAUGUAUUGAAUUAUUUAUGAAACCUUAAGAUAGUGUUACUGGGUUUUAAUCAACCAUUUUGUCAGGAAACCAAGGUUAUACACUGGGUGUUGGUCACCAUGAAAAAGAUCUUGAUUAUAUUUCGGACUGCAACAAAAAUAUUUUCUAAUGAAUUUUGGCUGUUGUCAUAGUGCACAGUGCUCUUUUGAGGAGGAGGAGAGUUGAUUGAUUGUGUACUAGAUAAAUAAAAAGGUAUAACUCCACAGAGA